GGCCUUGCCCUCAGUCGACCGCGGACGUCGCGGUGCGCGAGCCGUUUCGGCUCGGGGGCCAGCCCGGCGAGCCUGCGGGCCGAGCCGCCGCGCUCGCCACCCGUGGGCACCGGCGCUGCGCCCGCCUCGCGCGCGCCAAGGCGGGGCCAUGGCGCUCGUCCGCGGGAUGCUGGUGGAGGUCAGCGGGCUGCCAAUCCCGGCCCAGCCGGCGCCCGAGGCCGGGGACGUGGAGCCCAUGGAUCUGAACGGGGCCAGGGCGCAGCUCGUGAGCCUGGAUCGCGAGGCCGGCAAGUGGACCGCUGUGACCUUCGACGGCCACGUCGUGGCAGUAGACCCGAGGUAUCUGCGCGAGCUGGACGGCGAUCAGCUUGCCGGCUACGACUUCGUGCUCGGACCAGCCACCGACGUGGACGUGGUGGGCCACUCGCUGGCGGAGUGCCUGGCCUCUCAGGGCUACGCCGUGGUCAAGCUGUUCGUGUCGGCCGACGACGCGGCGGACCUCCUCUCCGCCACAAAGCAGCUGGAGGACGAUGGGCAUUUCGAGCGGCUGGCCGUGGAAUUCGAACGUGGAUAUUUGGGCAGAAACUGCUCGGCGAAAACGCUGCUUCUGGACCCUAGCGCAGCAUCGGCUCCAAACUAUGUCAGAGAUUCGCCACUGUGGGUCAUGGAUAGCAACGUUGGCUCCAUAAGCGAGAUCCUCUCUCCUCAUUCGCAGGAUGUCCUGGGCUUCAGCAUCUACAGUCGCACGAGCAUACUGAUCACUAAACCUCUCACGGCUGACGACGAGCAAAGAUAUAUCCCCGCGGAAGCGGACGACGGUGACGCAGAAGGGUACUUGCAUACAAUGUUCCGACGUGUGUUGUCGUUGCUGCAGUUCGUCGGCCCUGGCGAGGGCACCCUGAGACUCUUCCCUCGGGAAACUAGCGGCCGGGAGGUGACGCUCAGGACAGAACCCCAUACUCUUGUGCUCGUGUCCACCGCACAUUUCGAAUACGAGCACAAGAUGGCAAGAGACUCACUGACACUGGCGUCCUUCUUCCUGAGGGAGCCCGCUGUUUUCUCGAUUGAUACGGUCGAGGCGGACGCGGAGCAGCUGCUUCGGAGUCUAGGCUCUGGGCUGACACCGCCUCCGGGCGAGAAGAUCACAAUUCAGGGCAUGUAUUGUCGAUACGGCGGCCACGCCGACGGGUCCGACAGGUUUUGGACUGGCCUAUGCCAGGGUGGUACGGAUGGCAUAACCGAGAUCCCGGAGCUGCGGUGGGACAACACUCCAUAUUACGACCCGGACAUGUCAUUCGGAGGUGCCUAUUGCAAGCACGGCUGCUUCGGAAUCCCCGGCGUCGAUCUCUUCGAUUGCAAGUUCUUCGAGGUGUCGGUGGCGGAGGCGAAGACAAUGGAUCCGGUGCAACGGCAGGUUUUAGAAGUGUCGUAUAUGGCGUUGGUGGAGACAGGAUACGACAAGACGAGUCUGCAGCGCAAGCCCGAGAACAUCGGCCACUUUGUCGGCAUUGAUAAAGACGAUUGGUUGUGCAUGUCCGCGGCGGGUGCCAUUUCUUUGGAUGGGGUGCAUGGCGCGGCCGGCGCUGCCAAUGCUAUCACCUCAAACCGUUUCUCAUAUGCCCUGAAUUUGAAAGGCACCAGUAUGACCAUCGACACAGCAUGCUCGUCCUCGCUGGUUUGCAUCCACGUUUCCAAACUUCACCUGCGCAACAAGGAGAACGAACCGAUGCCUGCUUCCAUCGUGAACGGCCUCAAUUUGAUGCUCUACCCAGGUCCAUUCAUUGGUUGCUGCGCUGCUGGGAUGCUCAGCCACAAUGGGAGAUGCUUCACUUUCGACAAAAGCGCCGAUGGAUAUACACGAGGGGAGCUGUGUGGUGCGCUUGGCUUCAAGCCGAGUCAGAAAUUUGACAACGGCGAGAACAUGUACGGCCUCGUUGCCGGCACAUUCUCGAACCAAGACGGGCGUAGCGCUACCAUGACGGCACCCAACGGCCCCGCACAGGAGAAGUGCAUCCAGGGGGUGCUGCGGGAAGCCAAGCUGAGCGCAGCCGACAUUGAUUGCUUUGAGUGCCACGGCACGGGCACGGCCCUCGGUGACCCCAUCGAGGUCGGUUCCUUCAGGAAGGCGAUGAGCGGCACGGAUCGGCAGCGUCCCGUGGUGAUAUCGUCGAGCAAGUCCUCCAUCGCCCACGGCGAGGGCGGCGCCGGCCUAGCGGGCUUCUUCAAGUGCGUCUGCCAGGUCGCGCACGCCGAGGCCUCCUCGGGGCUGCACCUCCGGGCCCGGAACCCGCACCUCGACGUCGAGGGCUUCCCCGUGCAGAUGCUCACCGAGAUGACGGUGAUGGCCCACGACAACACCUAUUGCGGCGUUUCGUCCUUCGGCUUCGGGGGCACGAAUGCCCACGGCCAGGCUUGGGGCAUGAACAUCUACACCUCCAGGGGCGCUAUUAGGCAGUCGCGCGACGUGAACAGGACCUUCGAGAGGAGGCUCAUGGCUGCACCGCCGGCAGAGAUUACGAUGAACGGGGACGAUGUGACGGAGUGGGACACGACAGGCAUCGACCCGCGUGCAGAAGCAAACAGCAAGUGGAAGAUUGAUUUGGAUGAUGAUGGCGUCGCAACCUGGGAAAAGGACGAUGCACUCGAAGACCUCGGCGAGGAAUUUUUCAUCCAAGGGGACCACAACAACUGGGAGCCAGAUGGCUUCGAGAAGAGCGACAGCAUCCAGGGCCUUUGGAUUGCGAGAGUGGUUCUGGGGAGCAGUGGUGAGGCCCAAUUCCAGAUCAUCUGCGAUGGCGACAGUGACAGAGUGAUCCAUCCCCGGCUGCCGAGAUGCACCAUGAAGGCGGUCAAAAUCGAAGGACCUGCGAAGACAGGACGCGACCUAUCUUGGUGCAUUUUAGGCGAACCAGGAGAAACCUAUAAAGUGGAGUUCUUUCAUCAGGACAGCCAUAUGUCGAUCAGCUGGCUCAGGAGCGCAGGUUGAGUAUGAACACCGAGCGGGACAAGAUCGGCGCUCUGCGGUGCCCGCCUGUGGGUGGAGCUGAUGCCCCGUUCAGUCCGUCAUUCUCAUUUUCCGGGUGCGACCCGUCUCCCUGGCUCGUUGCGCGCCCCAAGCACCAGAUAUUUGGGCGUUCGUAGUGCUGGGCGUCUUUGGUAGGAGGACUUGAGUGGUAGAGCCAUAGGCCCUGCCUCAGUAUCGACCUAUCACCCCAAAGGCCCCGCAAAUACAGUGGCAAUGGCCGUAAUUGCAGCAGCGCCCACUGUAGUCAUGCCAGUAAUGAGACCAAUUGCUACAAUCACACGGCGACGAUACCAAUCGUGAUGUUUGCAAUGGCAGCUGCAGUGAUAAGGCACACUGACAUAAAGACGAGCGGCAUUUCUUACUCACUGGUCGUACCUGCCUAGCAAACAACGGUUAUUGUAUGAAGACGAUCGCGCUCCCCAAUUAGGCGUUCCCUAGCGGUCCUACUUGCGAUGUUGAAAAGGCCCAGUUGUCCUUGUGCCGGCUGCACGGUCAGCUCUUUGACGCUGGGGCAUGGUUUCUCGCGCAACUGCAAAUAUCGCAGCAGCCUUUUCGCAGCACAGCUCGGCAUCGCACACAGAGUCGCGACGCCAUCUCGCCCGAGACCCCUUUCUGAUCUUCGCUCACCUGGCCACUUUCAGAUUUGGUGCUCGCGCUG